AUGGCUGUCGCCACUCGAUGCAAUGAUUGUCGCAAGUGGAAGGCCCACAAGGCCUUUGUCCGCAGCCGCGUGAAGCGUGAUUCGGUCCUCUGGCAUCAGAAGGGAUACAUGUGGCACAAGUACAAGAGUUGCAACCAGUGCUUCAGGACCUACCGAAACAGAGGCAUGUCUGUGCAAGAGUUCAUCAAGGUCUUUGGAGCGGAGGAGCACAACUCGUCUGAGCCCGAGAUCCUCAUCGAUGAGUUCGAGGCCCAGAAAAUCCUGGACAUGCGCCAAGAAGUGCUGGACAAGCGCGCCAACGACAACAACACCAAGGACGAGGCCGCUGAGCCCGAGCCCGAGCCCGAGCCUGAGCAAAGUGAGGCUGCCAAGAUGUUCGAGAAGCACAUCAAGUUCGAGGACAAAAAUGCAGAGUACAUCGCAGUCACCAACCUCAAGUACACUCGACUGAUGGAGUGGUUGGAUGGAGCCAGUUGCGAGGCUGUCUGA